ACUACUACUACUACUACUACUACUACUACUACUACUACUACUACUACUACUACUACUACUACUACUACUACUACUACUACUACUACUACUACUACUACUACUACUCCUACUACUACUACUACUACUACUACUACUACUCCUACUACUACUACUACUCCUACUACUCCUACUACUACUACUACUACUACUACUACUACUACUACUACUACUACUACUACUACUACUACUACUACUACUACUACUACUACUACUACUACUACUACUACUACUACUACUACUACUACUACUACUACUACUACUACUACUACUACUACUACUACUACUACUACUACUACUACUACUACUACUACUACUACUACUACUACUACUACUACUACUACUACUACUACUACUACUACUACUACUACUACUACUACUACUACUACUACUACUACUACUACUACUACUACUACUACUACUACUACUACUACUACUACUACUACUACUACUACUACUACUACUACUACUACUACUACUACUACUACUACUACUACUACUACUACUACUACUACUACUACUACUACUACUACUACUACUACUACUACUACUACUACUACUACUACUACUACUACUACUACUACUACUACUACUACUACUACUACUACUACUACUACUACUACUACUACUACUACUACUACUACUACUACUACUACUACUACUACUACUACUACUACUACUACUACUACUACUACUACUACUACUACUACUACUACUACUACUACUACUACUACUACUACUACUACUACUACUACUACUACUACUACUACUACUACUACUACUACUACUACUACUACUACUACUACUACUACUACUACUACUACUACUACUACUACUACUACUACUACUACUACUACUACUACUACUACUACUACUACUACUACUACUACUACUACUACUACUACUACUACUACUACUACUACUACUACUACUACUACUACUACUACUACUACUACUACUACUACUACUACUACUACUACUACUACUACUACUACUACUACUACUACUACUACUACUACUACUACUACUACUACUACUACUACUACUACUACUACUACUACUACUACUACUACUACUACUACUACUACUACUACUACUACUACUACUACUACUACUACUACUACUACUACUACUACUACUACUACUACUACUACUACUACUACUACUACUACUACUACUACUACUACUACUACUACUACUACUACUACUACUACUACUACUACUACUACUACUACUACUACUACUACUACUACUACUACUACUACUACUACUACUACUACUACUACUACUACUACUACUACUACUACUACUACUACUACUACUACUACUACUACUACUACUACUACUACUACUACUACUACUACUACUACUACUACUACUACUACUACUACUACUACUACUACUACUACUACUACUACUACUACUACUACUACUACUACUACUACUACUACUACUACUACUACU